AUGUCGACCUCUUCCAUAAACGGUUGGUGCCUCUCUUCAAUCUCCCCAGCCAAAACCUCUCUUAAGAAGGUCACAUCAGGACCUUCAGUCUUUGCAACCCUCACCACUCCUUCUUCUCCUUCCUCUUCCUCCUCUUUCCCUUCUCUCAUUCAAGACAGGCCUGUCUUUGCUGCCCCUUCCCCCAUCGUCACCCCCACUGUGAGAGAGGAUAUGGCAAAGGACUAUGAGCAAGCUAUUGAAGAACUCCAGAAAUUGUUGAGGGAGAAGAGUGAACUGAAGGCCACAGCAGCUGAAAAAGUGGAGCAGAUAACAGCUUCACUGGGGACAUCAUCAUCUGAUGGCAUCCCUUCAUCAGAAGCCUCUGAGAGGAUCAAGACUGGUUUCCUCUACUUCAAGAAGGAGAAAUAUGACAAGAAUCCAGCUUUGUAUGGUGAACUUGCCAAAGGCCAGAGCCCCAAGUUUAUGGUGUUUGCUUGCUCAGACUCAAGAGUGUGCCCAUCUCAUGUGCUAGAUUUCCAACCUGGAGAGGCCUUUGUGGUCAGAAAUGUUGCUAACUUUGUCCCACCAUAUGACCAGUCAAAAUUCUCUGGAUCUGGCGCAGCCAUAGAGUAUGCUGUUUUGCAUCUCAAGGUUUCCAACAUUGUGGUCAUUGGACACAGUGCUUGUGGUGGCAUUAAGGGGCUUUUAUCUUUCCCAUUUGAUGGAACCUACUCUACUGAUUUUAUUGAGGAGUGGGUCAAAAUUGGCUUACCUGCAAAGGCAAAAGUGAAGGCACAGCAUGGGGAUGCACCUUUUGCUGAGUUGUGCACACACUGUGAGAAGGAAGCUGUGAAUGUUUCCCUUGGAAACCUGCUAACCUACCCAUUUGUGAGAGAUGGCUUGGUGAACAAAACACUGGCACUGAAGGGAGGAUACUAUGACUUUGUUAAGGGAUCUUUUGAGCUCUGGGGCCUUAACUUUGGCCUUGCAUCCUCUUUCUCCGUAUGA